GUAUCUCUUUCAAGUAACCUAUUCCCGAGGGGCACUGUCAAAUCUUGUCCAUUCUUCUUUCAGGGAUCUCUCUCUAGUCUUGUGAUCGAGUGUUCAAACUUCUGAUGUUAGCUAUAGCAAGUACGAGAGGAUCAUACAAUAGCCGAAACUUAAGCUUUGUUAGAAGCUAUUGAAAAGGUUUCAGCUUGAUCAUCCUGCAUCUAGAGUUUCUUCAGAAGCAGGUAAUUAAUCAAUCAAGAAGAGCAAAGGAUGAAUUCAUUUUCCCACGUCCCUCCGGGUUUUAGAUUUCACCCGACAGACGAAGAACUUGUAGACUACUACUUGAGGAAAAAAGUUGCAUCGAAGAGAAUAGAAAUCGAUUUCAUAAAGGACAUUGAUCUUUACAAGAUUGAGCCAUGGGAUCUUCAAGAGUUGUGCAAAAUUGGGCAUGAAGAGCAGAGUGAUUGGUACUUCUUUAGCCAUAAAGAUAAGAAGUAUCCCACAGGGACUCGAACCAAUAGAGCAACAAAAGCAGGGUUCUGGAAAGCAACCGGAAGAGACAAGGCUAUAUAUUUGAGGCAUAGUCUCAUUGGUAUGAGGAAAACACUUGUGUUUUACAAGGGAAGAGCCCCAAAUGGACAAAAAUCCGAUUGGAUAAUGCACGAAUACCGCUUGGAAACCGAUGAAAACGGAACUCCUCAGGAAGAAGGAUGGGUUGUGUGUAGGGUUUUCAAGAAGAGAUUGGCUGCAGUUAGACGAAUGGGAGAUUACGAUUCGUCGCCUUCACAUUGGUAUGACGAUCAGCUCUCUUUUAUGGCCUCUGAGCUCGAGACAAAUGGUCCACGACGGAUUAUCCCCAAUCUUCAUCAUCAGCAGCACCAACACGAGCACCAACAGCAUUUGCCAUAUGGAUUCAAUUCGUCUGCUUACACUCUCAAUGACAAUAGCUUGAGAUGCAAGCAAGAGCUAGAACUACAAUACAACCAUCUGGUACAAGAACAUCAUCUUCCUCAUGAAUCUCCUUUAUCAUACCUCCAACUUCCUCAACUUGAAAGCCCUAGGAUCCAACAAGAUAAUAGUAAUUGCAACUCUCUUCCUUAUGGAACAAGCAACAUCGAUAAUAACUCAAGCCAUAAUGCUAAUUUGCAGCAGUCUAAUCUCGCGCGUGAGGAACGAUUGAAUCAAGGGAAUCAGAGUUUCAGCUCUAUAUACAUGAAUAGCGGAAACGAGCAAGCGAUGGACCAACUCACGGACUGGAGAGUUCUCGAUAAAUUUGUUGCUUCUCAGCUAAGCAACGAGGAGGCUGCCACAGCUUCUGCUUCUCUACAGAACAAUGCCAAGGAUACAAGCAACGCGGAGUACCAAGUUGAUGAAGAAAAAGAUCCAAAAAGGGUUUCAGACAUGGGAGAAGAAUAUGCUGCUUCUACUUCUUCGAGUUGUCAGAUUGAUCUAUGGAAGUGAGCAGAAGGAGAAGAUGAUAUCAUAUAAAUGCAUAUAUACAUAUAUCUAUAUAC